UGCAGCCAUUCAUUCCCCGAUGAACAUUUUCUGCUUGAUGGACCACCUUCCCUAAACACACCAACCCUCCAGUGCAGGGUUCACUCUGUUUCUCCGCCCUCUGCAAACUGCAUGGACCUAUAACCACCCUAAGUGAGAGAAUGGCAUCUUUAAAGCCCGGACUAGAGUUACUCACAUUGCAUCCUAAAGGGUGGCCCGCAAUCCCAGAAGUGUCAAUCUCAAAUCGUAUUUUUUUUACUUGAAUUUGUUUCACUUUUUUUUAACCAACAACAAAGAUACUCCAUGAAUACUUAUUACAUAUUCAAAGGCAACUAGAUAUCUUCAGGGAGAGGUUAUGGUAUAUCACUCAAUACUCACAGGCCCUGGAAAAAUACAGUCAUCAGAAAUACAUCCAAACUUCUCUAUAUACCAUCCCGUGCAACCAGAGAGACUUGUUUACUUUGUAGAGACCUCCAGAGCCUUUGCCCUCUUUCCCUGCAACCCUGCUACCCCAACCCUCACUGCUCUCGGACUAGCACGCCUCCCCUGUCCAGCUCCAACAGAGGCUGUAGCACUUGUGGAGAGAGUGAUCCUGACUGUCUUUCCAGCUGUUUCUCUGCCGCUAGGUGCUGUUACGAAGUUCCUGGACGUUCCCUGGCUUUGCUUGCAGAGCCUAGGGUCUAGUUCCCUUGGUAACAGCAUCCUGGACCUUAUUUCACAGCGGGUCUCCACAGGACUAGACCACUUGUCUGCCCAGGGAGUGCACCGCAUCGGCUUCUGGGAAUUGUAGUUUCGCCCACAAAGCCACUCGGCACAGGCGCACUUAAUCACUUUUUGCAACUCGUCUCCCUCUGAGAAAAGGAGUCCAAAAACCUAAGGGCUGCAGCAAGGAGAUUUGUGGGAAUUUGGCUUCCGGGCCGGUGGACGAACGCGCAGGCGCGGCUCCGCGUCCAGCAGCAGGAUCCUGCUCAUUGUGUCCUGUCUGCACUGUCGAGGCUAUGCUGUGUCGCCUCCGCAGUGGACAGUCUUCUAAGGGAAGUCCCACAGUGACCUGCAGUAUCCAGAGAGCGAAGGUGUGCAGAUGCUUCUAGCCAGAGGAAUCCCACAGCUGUAAAGCUCCUCGCCUGUCUCCUCCUGCUCAGCGUUCCUCAGCUCACCAGAGAAAAGGAAUGGCUGUCAGCUACUUCCCAGCCCUGGUCCAGGACUUGGUGACCUUCAAGGAGGUGGCCGUGCUCUUCACCCAGGAGGAGUGGGGGUGGCUGAGCUCUGCCCAGAGGGACUUGUAUCAGGAUGUGAUGCUAGAGAACUACAGUAACCUGGUCUCGCUGGCAGGUCUCUUGGAAUCCCUACCAGACAUGUUCUUUCCCCUGGAAGAAGUGGAAGAACCUGCGUCAGAGGAAGCUCCCAAGGGCUUUGUUCUGGGAGGGAUGACUAUGGCCGUGAGUAAGAAAUUCCUCCAGGCAGAUAUCCCCGAGAAAGGAUCAGAUCAAUGGAUUACGGAGCAGAGAGCCACCAGAGAGACUCACUGGGCGUGUGCUGAGGAAGGUCAGGAGGUCAAGCCGAAGCAAGCAGUCCUCACCCAUCAGGACACUCCAUCAAAGCUGAGUGAGCAGAAAGUUGGGGAGUCUGACAAGGGCUGCACAGCGAGCUCCUCAACCAUUCGAAGUCAGAGAUCUCAAGCAAGCCAAAGAGCUUUCGAAUGCAACAGAUGCGGAAAAGUCUUCUCUAAGGGUUCCAUCCUUAAGAAACAUCAGAAACUUCACAUUGAAAAACUCAACCCAAGUCAGAAAACACUGGUGAAAGAAAAACGGUAUGAAUGCAGAGAGUGUGGGAAGACCUUCCACCAGAGUACACACCUCAUCCAUCACCAAAGAGUUCACACUGGUGAGAAACCGUAUGAGUGUAAGGACUGCGGCAGGGCCUUCUCAGUGAGCUCUUCGCUUACCUACCACCAGAAAAUCCACACCGGAGAAAAGCCUUUCGAAUGUAAUGUUUGUGGAAAGGCCUUUAUCCGGAACAUACAUCUCUCCCACCAUCAUAGAAUACAUACCGGAGAGAAGCCUUUCCAGUGCAACAUUUGUGACAAAGCUUUUGUUUGCAGAGCACAUCUUACCAAACACCAGAACAUCCACAGUGGCAAGAAGCCCUAUAAAUGUAGUGAGUGUGGGAAAGCCUUCGGUCAGAGUACAAGUUUCCUGCAGCAUCAGAGAAUCCACACUGGAGAGAAGCCCUUUGAAUGCAAUGAGUGUGGCAAGGCCUUCAGGGUGAACUCUUCCCUUACUGAGCACCAGAGAAUCCACACUGGGGAGAAACCGUAUCAAUGUAUUGAAUGUGGCAAAGCAUUCAGGGAUAAUUCAUCCUUCGCUCGACAUCGGAAAAUUCACACCGGAGAGAAGCCUUACAGAUGUGGUUUGUGUGAGAAAGCUUUCAGGGACCAGUCAGCCCUAGCACAGCACCAGAGAACUCAUACCGGGGAAAAGCCUUACACGUGUAACAUAUGUGAGAAAGCCUUCAGUGACCAUUCAGCCCUUACCCAACAUAAGAGAGUUCACACGAGAGAAAAACCGUACAAAUGUAAAACCUGUGGGAAAGCUUUUUUCCGAAGCACACACCUCACUCAACACCAGAGGAUUCACACGGGGGAGAAACCUUACAAAUGUAACAUGUGCGGGAAAGCCUUCAACCAGACUGCAAACCUCAUUCAGCAUCAGAGGCAUCACAUUGGAGAAUGGUGAUAGGAAGGCAGUUCAUAAGUGCUGUGGGAAUGAUGUCAUUAGUUAUUGAAUAGAAGAGAGGUCACAAUCACAAUGAAGUCUUUUAUCAGGAUGGUUGUAUUUACUGGCAGUAGGUUUCAUAAUGCCUUGGGUCUUGAGAAUCUUAGUGAUGAACACACCUUGCUCUUCAGUCUGCCUCAGUUAGAUAGCAGUGCCUUUUUAUUGCCCUGAAUUACUGACUACUAGAACCAAAAUGAAACUUCAUUAAAAGCAUAAAUGUCAGCUUGUCAAAUUCGCAACUGGUUAAGAUA